AUGGAGUGCUGGGUCAGCACCGUGUCCUGUGUGAGCUGGCUGAUGAUCGUGGGGGGGCUGGCUUACAUGCUGCACCAGAACCGAACCUGCGCUCCGUAUGGCCGCUACAGCCCGGCCCGGGGCCGGUGCUGCUCGGCCCGAACCGGCUGGUUCCUGCAGGAGGUUCCAGCCUUCCUGCUGCCUCUGCUGCUGCUGCUGCUGGACUCCGGGACCGGGACCAGGACCGGGAGGAUGCUGCUGUCGACCUUCAUGCUGCACUACUUCUACAGGAGUUUUGUUUACUCCUUGUUGACUCGAGGACAACCGAUCCCCCUGAAGAUCGUCGUCUUCGCCUUUACCUUCUGCUCGAUCAACGGCCUCCUGCAGGGACACAACCUGCUGCAUUGCACUCGCUUCCAGAACACCUGGCUGACUCGUGCCCGCAUCACUGCAGGUUCUCUGCUGUUCCUCGUUGGUCUGACCAUCAACAUCCACAGCGACAACAUUCUACGGAACCUGAGAAAACCCGGAGAGUUGGUCUACAGGAUCCCCCGUGGUGGGAUGUUUGAGUUUGUGUCCGGCGCCAACUUUCUGGGAGAGAUCACUGAGUGGUUCGGUUACGCUGUGGCAGCGUGGUCUUUACCGGCCUUCGCCUUCGCCUUCUUCACCCUCUGCUCCAUUGGACCCAGAGCCUACCAGCACCACAGAGAUUACCAACUGAGGUUCCAGGAUUAUCCUCGCUCCAGGAAAGCCCUGAUUCCCUUCAUCUUCUGA